AUGUUCCAGUAUGACUCUGCCCAUGGCAAGUUCAACGGCACAGUCAAGGCCGAGAACAGGAAGCUUGUCAUCAAUGGGAGGCUGUCAUCACCUUCUUCCUGGAGUGAGAUCGUACCAACAUCAAACCGGACAGAGGUGGAGGAAACCCUCAAGAGGAUUCAGAGCCACAAAGGGGUCAUUGGAACGAUGGUGGUCAAUGCAGAAGGCAUUCCAAUCCGAACAACCCUGGACAACUCCACAACAGUUCAAUAUGCAGGUCUUCUCCACCAGCUGACCAUGAAGUCCAAGAGCACAGUCCGGGACAUUGACCCCCAGAAUGACCUGACUUUCCUCCGGAUCAGAUCGAAGAAGCACGAAAUCAUGGUAGCCCCAGAUAAAGAAUAUCUUCUGAUUGUCAUCCAGAACCCGUGUGAGUAG